CUACCCACUGAGGCUCCUACUGUGCCACCAACCGAGGAGCCCACUCUUCCACCAGUUGAGCCGACAGCCCUCCCAGUAUAUGCUCCACCAGCAGAGGUCCCCACUGAGGCUCCGUUUGUGCCACCUGUCGAAGAACCCACCACUCUGCCACCGGUAGAGACUACUGCUGCUCCAGCCGAAGACGUUCCAGUGAAUCCUUACGCCCCUCCAGUUGAAGUGAAGGUCACCACCCUUCCACCAGUACCAGUCACGCCGGAAUACGUUCCACCUGCAGCACCAGUGGUCCAAGACGUACCUGUGACAACUGCUCCUCCACCACCACCACCGACAACUAUCAAGUACGUGCUAAACCAUGAAGCCGCUGAGAAGUAUUGGGCAACUGCGACGUUCCCCACAACGACGAAAGCUCCAGUGGUUGUUCAGCCACCCCAAGAUGUUCCAGUCGGCUACGCACCUCCGCCGGCGCCAGUACCAAUUCCUGCGCUUGAAGACAUUGUGAUUCCGAAACCGAAGGAGGUGGAGAAGCCCAUACACCAUCCGCCUCCACUCCCUCUUCAUGUUGAGCCAGUUGUUCCGAAGCCGAUGCCUAAGCCCAUUCUUGAUGAGCCAUUGAAACCCCACGGGUAUUAA